CGCAGUCAAAAGUGGACUCGCACGUUCCCUCCCACCGACAAACUGCUUGACUUUAUAGUAUUAUUACCUAUAUUGUUUACUGAAAACACUUGUCCACUGUUGCAAAGCAAAGGUGGUUAUGGCUGCUCCGCUAAAAGUAUGUAUUGUCGGUUCAGGAAACUGGGGCUCUGCAAUUGCAAGAAUUAUUGGCACCAAUGCACAAAAACUCCAGCGCUUUGCCACCACAGUCAGAAUGUGGGUUUAUGAAGAAAUGGUCAACGAAAAAAAGCUCUCUGAGAUCAUCAACACAGAACAUGAGAAUGUGAAGUACCUUCCAGGCUACAAGCUCCCAGAGAAUGUGGUUGCGGUGCCGCAGCUUCGGGAAGCCGCAGAAGGUGCCGACCUCCUGGUUUUUGUGGUCCCUCAUCAGUUUAUCCGGAAACUGUGCGAUGAGAUGAUGGGCUGUGUGUCGGAGAAGGCUCGUGGAAUUACAUUAAUCAAAGGCAUUGAUGAAGGACCAGAAGGAUUGAAGCUAAUCUCUGAUAUCAUUCGGGAGAAAAUGGGCAUUGAUGUGAGCGUCCUAAUGGGGGCCAACAUUGCCAAUGAAGUGGCAGCUGAAAAGUUCUGCGAGAGCACAAUUGGCAGCAAGGUGUUGGAAAACGGCCUCUUGUUUAAAGAGCUCCUGCAGACGCCUAACUUCAGAAUCACUGUGGUGGAUGAUGCUGACACAGUAGAGCUCUGUGGAGCCCUGAAGAACAUUGUUGCUGUGGGCGCAGGCUUCUGUGAUGGUCUGCAGUGUGGAGACAACACCAAAGCAGCCGUCAUUCGGCUGGGAUUGAUGGAGAUGAUCGCCUUUGCCAAACUCUUCAGCAAAGACGAUUCUGUAUCCUCUGCCACAUUUCUCGAGAGCUGCGGCGUGGCUGACCUCAUCACCACCUGCUACGGAGGACGAAACCGGCGCGUAGCAGAGGCUUUUGCCAAGACAGGGAAGAGCAUCGAGGAACUGGAGAAGGAGAUGUUAAAUGGACAAAAGCUUCAGGGACCAUUGACUUCUGCCGAGGUCUAUCAUAUCCUCAAACAGAAAGGCCUAGUGGAUAAGUUCCCACUGUUCACUGCUGUUUAUCAGAUCUGUUUCGAGGGCAAACCGGUUCAGGAUAUGAUCACUUGCCUGCAGAGCCAUCCAGAGCACCUGUGAGAGUCCCACAGUGUCUCCACCACUGUCCCCUGUGGAUUGUUAGGUGGUCCUACCUCUAACAUUUCUCACUAUCUUAAUUUUUUUGACUUAAUAUACUCAAUGUUAUAUUUUAAGCUUGUCUUUUUGUCCCAGGUCCAAUUCUACACUAAUGGUUAGGCUUGAACUCAGGGGUUUGUGUCUGACUUGUACAUGAUAAUGUGGAUUUUUCAUAAAAGCCAUGCGUUGUUAUCUAUUCAGUUUGAGCUGUUAUGGCAUUUUUAACUAUUUUCUCUCUGUCUGACUGCCCUCUUGUGGAUGGUCCACAAUAUCACCUCACUGACAGAUGAGAUCAAUGCCUCCUUUUAAAUGACCAUAGAGAUUUCAUCAUAGGCUCACUACACGUCCAUAUCAAGAGCAACAUGACACGACUAGAACGCCUCUGUUACAAUCUUUAAGAUCCUGUAGAACCAGCUUAAUAGUUUUUGAUACUUUCACACAUCGUUCGACACGAGGACAUAAGCUAGGAUCAAAACUAAGUAUACACUUUUUCAUUAUUUCAAUUUAAUUGCUUAGUUUCAUACUGACAAAUGUUGAAACUGCCAUUUACACUGAACUUUUGAGGCACGGUAGAUGAAGUAAAACUAGAUUUCUGUGAAGAUGCCUUUUAACUCCUCAUUAGUCAGGAGCAUUUCUCACUGGUCAACGAAUACUUGAAUGGACUCGUUUUGGGUUUGAGGUUGUUUUUGUUUUGUUUUAAAGAACAAUAUUCUAUAAAAGGGACUCAAGUAGGUAAUUUCUUAGCAACCCCCUUUUAAGUGCUUU